AUGAAGAACGUACUCUCGCUUGCCUUGCUCGCAGCUCUGCCUGCUGCCUUCGCCCAGCAGACAGCAUAUGGACAAUGUGGUGGUGUAACCUGGACUGGAGCGACUACCUGUGUUAGUGGCUACUAUUGCAGCUAUGGUAAUGCUUAUUACUCUCAAUGCGUUCCUGGAACUGCCUCAACAACCACUUCUACCACCGCUGCCGUGACUAGUAGUACUACUACCAGCCGCAGCUCUUCUUCAACAACACUGGUAACCUCAUCAACAACAACAUCUGCCACCGUAUCAGCAUCAGCAUGUCCCACAGCAUUCACAUCAAUUUCAGCCCAGAGCUUCAUCACCAACAUGAACCCUGGAUGGAAUCUGGGAAACACCCUCGACGCUGUGCCAGACGAAACCAGUUGGGGAAACAUCCUUACCCCCGCUUCAGUGUUCGACGACGUAAAGGCUAAGGGGUUCAAGGGAGUCCGCCUUCCAGUUACCUGGGCCGAUCAUUUCUCCACAAGCUCUCCGUCAUGGACAGUCACCCCGGCCUGGAUGGACCGCGUUGAAACUGUCGUCGACUACGCUCUCGCACGCGGCCUCUAUGUCAUUCUCAAUGUCCACCACGACUCCUGGGAAUGGGCUGACUUCUCAGCCUCUGGUGCGAACAUUACCAUGAUCGAAGAGAAAUUCGUCAGUCUCUGGACUCAGAUUGGCACAAGAUUCAAAUGCAAGUCUUCUCUUCUUGCGUUCGAGCCAUUGAACGAGCCAGUUGGGACUACAGCAGAGCACGGUGCACAAAUGAACAGGAUGAACAUGUUGUUCUUGAAGACCAUCAGAGCCGUCGGUGGAUACAACGCUCAACGUGUUGUUACGCUUGUUGGGCUUGGUGAAGACAGUAUCAAGACUUCGCAGUGGUUUGAAUUCCCUAGCGGAUACGAAUCCCAGCCUUGGGCUCUGCAGUACCACUACUACUCACCUUAUAUGUUCACUUUCGGAGCAUGGGGAGCUACCACCUGGGGCUCUGAUGCGGAUAAGACAACCAUGGAGGCAGACAUCGCCGGCAUGCGAGCCAACUUCACCGAUGUCCCAUUGAUCAUUGGAGAAUGGAAUGCCUUUGCGGCAAACACCGAGAACGCGGCCAGAUGGAAGUACUACGAUCACCUCAUGAAGUUGGGGGUUAAAUACAACACCGCUACUGUACUUUGGGUCACUGGAUGGGAUGAUCUCAACCGUAGUACUCAUGUCUGGCGCAACGAAGUCGACGUCAAUAUCGUCAUCUCCGGUACUAAGGGCAUUGCCAACUCCCUCCCAGACAGCACUACAGACACCUCUGCCACCACACAAUCCUCUUCUGCCUUCAUCUUCCACAAGGUCGGCGAUGCUGUCUCCGCCCAGACUCUCCCUUUCCAGCUUAAUGGCAACACCGUUAGCUCCAUAAAGUCGUCCGCAAAGACUCUUGUUGCCGGAACGGACUACUCCGUCUCGGGUGCAAACAUUGUUUUCGCCACCAGCUACCUUUCAACUUUAUACUCGGCGACCACCGCUGCUGGUAUUUUGGAUACGCUGAACGUGACCUUCUCUGCGGGUGCGGGUUCGCAGAUCCAGGUUGUGCAGUGGGAUGUACCAACUCUUAGCACCACCACAUCAAAGGCAGUGACGGGGACAGAUCUAUAUAUCCCCAUUACAUGGAAAGGGUACAACCACAUCGCGGCUGUGAGGGCGUUGAAGGCCGAUGGAACCUACUUGUUUGAUGACUGGACAGUCUACUUGCCGGCAUUGCAACAGGCCCGUAUUACGUACGGGCAGUACGGAUGGGAUAGUAGCAAUGCUAUCCUUUGGGCAGCAGUCCAGACAGCAGUCGUUUCCGCAGGACAGGCAACGACCUUCAUGUUCGAGUUCUUCCCACGUGUGCCAGGAAACUCUGUCAACUACACAUUGACCGUUUAG